ACGUAUACGCGCAACAUGAUUGGACGGCGAGACACGUUCUCAGAUAACCUGAGCAAAAAGUUAACUAUCUCACAAAGUUUGGUGAGAGUUACAUUUUUUGGUAAAUAACAACAUUUCCCAAAGACGAUUAGUGCAGUUUUUGUAUAAACCCGCGUCAGAGUAACAACUACGAUGUCACUUUGCAAAGAGCGAUUGGUUCAUGAAGAAAAGCGACAAGCAGUCUUGAGUAAAAGCAAUGGGGGCACUGCAAAGAAGUCCAAAGCGGUCUGUGGUGUUUGCAGUCGGAUGUACCGGGACCCUAAAAUCCUGCCUUGCUUGCACACAUUCUGCGCGGACUGCAUUCGCCAGCUGGAGCCGUUUUCUGUGCGUCGCGUAAACGGGGAACGACGCUCGCCAGAAGAUGACACGCACGGGCGCAGCUCGGGCUCAACAAUCCUGUGUCCCGAGUGCGAUUCAGAGGUGGAUCUGCCCCCAUCCGGUGUGGAUGGGCUGACCACUGACCAUCUUGCGCUGGACGAGGUUUUCGCGGAGACCCUGCUGGUGGACUGCAGGGUUUUGUGCGACUUGUGCAGCGACAGUGACGCGGGGAAGCGCUGCGAGGUGUGCUGUGUCAAUCUCUGCGACUUUUGCAGUCAGGCACACAGGAGACAGAAGAGGACCUCCUCUCACUCUGUCCAAAGCCUACAGGAGCUGAAAUCUCAGGGUCGCCUCACUAGACCCGUCCUGUGCUCACUGCAUCCUGGCCAGGAGUUACGGCUCUUCUGUGAGCCAUGUGACCUCACCGUGUGCCUGGAGUGUGCGGCCACCUUUCACCGCGACCACCACUGCAGCUCUGCCCAUGAAGUCAUCAGUCAUCAUGGCGAUCGCAUCAGGGAUCUGGUCGUCAGGAGCUUAAGGCCCCGUCUUGCUCGUUUGGAGGACUCAAUGAGACGCGUUGACACAUCCCAAGAGGUGCUGCAGACACGGACUGACACUUUGGCGGGUGAAAUCCGGGCAUUUGCUCGAAACUAUGCCAACGCUGUGGAGGCACAUUGCUGUUCACUAUUGCGAUCACUGGAGGACUUAAGAUUGCAGCGCAGGAACCAACUCCAUCUGCAGAAAGCUCAGCUGCAACAGGCCUUGGUUGAUGUCCGUGGUGGGGUGGACUUUGCAGAACGCCUGCUCACGUGUGGUUCUGACGCUGAAAUCCUCAGUGCCAAAGGAGUUACUAUGAGGAGACUGAUGAACCUUGUGGAGUCAGGAUUCGACCCGCAUCCAACGACCAUCGCCCAUGAUAAUGCCAGCAGCAUCUGUUUCCUUCCUCAAGAGAGUGCUGGGGAGGUGCAGGGAUUUCCUGUGGUGGGAGUCAUACAUGCCAAAACCGUGGAUCCCAGCAAGUGCACGAUCCAGGGAGAAGGUGUGGAACGAGGUCGUGAAGGCCAGAGGGGAGAGUUCACUCUGGUUUGCAGGGACUCCUCUGGAGAGCAGAUGGGUCGGGGUGGAGACCCUGUGCUGGUCAGCAUUGUGCACAAGGAGAGGAAGGGCUGCUCUGUGGAGGCGGCUGUGGUGGAUAAGGGUGAUGGUUCUUAUGGUGUGUCUUACACCCCAGCUGAAGCAGGUUUCUAUUCUGUGUGGGUGUGUGUUAAAGCACAGCACGUCCAGGGUUCACCGUUUGUGCUAAAUGUGAAAAGGAAGUUCAGACGCCACCGUGGCAUAUUCCAUUGUUGUUCCUUCUGCUCCAGCGGGGGUGCUAAGGAGGCACGCUGUGGCUGCACAGGAACUAUGCCAGGAGGGUUUCAGGGUUGUGGACAUGGUCAUAAAGGACACCCCGGUAAGCCCCACUGGUCAUGUUGUGGGAGCGUAGUGGAGGCCUCCGAGUGUAUUCUACAUAACCUGGGUAGCGUUUCUCCUCGUGGACACCUCAGGACUGUGGAGCUCUGAGACAAACAGCAAAUACACACUCUCUGAUCAACAUAACCAUAAGCUCAUGCACAUACUUGAAUCUUCUCAACCAGCCUACGUAAAAUUCACAAUGAAAAAUCACAUUGUGAUUUCCAUAUUGCCCUAAUAUUCAGAAUUAUGGCAGUCUGAUAAGCUGCAGUAGACAAAGAAUUUUUUUUAUUGUGCCAACGCUAAAUAUUUAAGCACUGUCAGUACUGUAAAUAUUUAAGUAGUGUUUUCUCUACACGUUGUAAUAUUUUUAAUCACUGUACAAUUAUUAUGUCUCUGGCGUAAUAAUGUUUAGCUCACUAUUUUAUCAUAAUCAGCAUGAUUUGAAAAAAUAUUGUAAUAUCUGUGCAUAUUUUGUUUAUGUAUGUGGUGCUGUUUUACGUUUCAUCUUUUAUCAUAAUCAGCAUGUUUCAUUUGAUAUUACCAAGCUAUAUGAACAAUGAGGUAUGUGUUAUUAUAAUGCUUUAUUUUUAUAUGUGCAUGCCUCCAAAGACUGCUUUUGUUAUUGUAUGCAUCCAUUACAUUUCAGUUGUCUUUGUAUACACUGUAUUGGUGCCACAAAUUAAACAACACUUACCUCUCCACAUGUGUGGCACA